AUUAAAACAUUAUUUUUCCCAAUGACCGACCUCACCGUCACCCCUAUAAAUAACAUUUUCUACCUCUUUCUUCAAUUUUUUUUCUUCUUUUUUUAAUUUCUUCUCUUUUCUUUCAAACCGUCCUCUCUCUCUCUCUCUGUACACAAAAGUAUCAUUCGUUCGAGGUACAAUACAAGAAGAAGAAGAGGGUUUCAGCUUUGGUUGUUUCACCUUCAGCCGUUUCAGUCUUCGAUCUUCUCUGCAAUGGCAAUACUCUCCUCCCUUCCACCUUGAUCGGACUUUUAAUUUCAUUUUUUGAUUAUUCUUCAUCAUACGAUUCGCAACCAUGUUUGAAGCUCAUGUGCUACAUUUGCUUCGAAGAUACCUGGGCGAAUAUGUCCAUGGACUCUCAGCAGAAGCUUUAAGAAUCAGUGUCUGGCAAGGUGAUGUUGUUCUUAAAGAUUUGAAACUGAAGGCAGAGGCACUAAACUCAUUAAAGCUUCCAGUCACCGUCAAGGCUGGUUUUGUUGGUACAAUAACAUUAAAGGUUCCCUGGAAAAGUUUGGGCAAAGAACCUGUGAUUGUUUUAAUAGAUCGCGUCUUUGUUCUUGCUCAUCCUGCUCCUGAUGGCCGGACUCUCAAGGAGGAAGACAGGGAAAAGCUCUUUGAAGCUAAACUUCAACAAAUUGAGGAAGCAGAAUCAGCAACCCUUGAAGCAAAAUCAAAGUCAAAGCAAGGAAGUUCACUUCCUGGGAAUUCAUGGCUAGGUUCUCUCAUUGCUACUAUUAUCGGGAACCUUAAGAUAACAAUUAGCAAUGUACAUAUCAGAUAUGAGGAUUCUUUCAGUAACAUUGGGCAUUCUUUUUCUUCGGGCAUUACUUUAGCUAAGCUUGCUGCUGUUACAAUGGAUGAACAAGGGAAUGAGACCUUCGAUACAAGUGGUGCUCUUGAUAAGCUGCGGAAGUCGUUGCAACUGGAGAGGCUUGCUGUGUACCAUGAUUCAGAUAGUCUUCCUUGGAAGAUAGAAAAAGAAUGGGAAGAUCUCAGUCCAAAAGAAUGGGUUGAGAUUUUUGAAGAUGGUAUAAAUGAGCCUGUACCUGAAAGUGGAAUGGUGUCCAAAUGGGCUGUGAAUCGCAAUUACGUGGUGUCACCUAUAUAUGGAAACCUAAAAUAUCACCGCCUUGGAAAGCAAGAGAGAAAUGAUCCUGAUGUUCCAUUUGAAAAGGCAUCUCUGGUCCUAAGUGAUGUGUCUGUAACAAUGUCAGAGGCGCAAUAUCAUGAUUGGAUAAAACUGCUGGAAGUUGUUUCCAGAUACAGGACACAUGUCGAAGUAUCCCAUUUGAGGCCUAUGGUGCCAGUGUCUCAGAAUCCAUGUUUGUGGUGGCGUUAUGCUGCUCAAGCUGGCCUGCAACAGAGAAAAAUGUGUUAUAGAUUCUCGUGGGACCGCAUUAGGCAUCUUUGUCAGCUACGUCGACGUUACAUUCAACUAUAUGCUGGUUCGUUGCAACAUUUACCCAAUAUUAAUACUGCCGAAAUCAGAGAUAUUGAGAGAGAUUUGGAUUCUAAAGUAAUCCUUUUGUGGAGGUUACUUGCACAUGCAAAGGUUGAGUCUGCAAAAUCAAAGGAAGCAGCUGAACAGAGGAGAUUAAAAAAGAAAGGCUGGCUUUCAUUUACAUGGGGCACCCCCUCUGAAGAACCCCCUGUUGGAGAUUCUCCUGAGGGACCACAAUUAUUGGAGGAAACACUGACUAAAGAAGAAUGGCAGGCAAUCAACAAGUUGCUAAGUUGUCAGCCAGACGAUGAGUUGACUUCACUCUCAGGGAAGGAGGCACAAAAUAUGAUCCAUUUUUUGGUAACUGUACAUGUUAGUCGUGCUGCUGCCAGGAUCAUAAGCAUAAAUCAUACUGAGAUUAUUUGUGGUAGAUUCGAGCAACUUGAGGUGGUAACCAAGUUCAGACAUCGUAGCACUCACUGUAAUGUGUUGCUGAAAUUUUAUGGUUUAUCUGCACCGGAGGGCUCACUUGCUGAGAGUGUUUGUAGCGAGCAGAAGUUGAAUGCAUUGGCUGCUAGUUUUAUACAAUCACCAGUUGGAGAGAAUGUCGAUUGGAAGCUCUCAGCAACAAUUUCUCCUUGCCAUGUUACGAUUUUGAUGGAAAGUUAUGAUAGAUUUUUAGAGUUCAUUAAGAGAAGUAAGGCAGUCAGUCCUACUGUUGCAUUGGAAACUGCGACUGCUUUGCAGAUGAAAAUUGAGAGUGUAACACGCAGGGCACAAGAACAAUUUCAAAUGGUAUUAGAGGAACAAAGCAGAUUUGCUCUUGAUAUCGAUUUUGAUGCCCCAAAAGUUAGAGUCCCUAUCAGAAUAUUGGGCUCUUCAAAAUGCGAUUAUCAUUUUCUGUUGGACUUUGGUCAUUUCACAGUGUACACCACGGAGAGUCAGUCUGAUGAACAGAGGAAAAGUGUUUACUCUCGGUUUUUUAUAUCUGGGCGAGAUAUUGCUGCUUUUUUCACAGAUUGUGGAUCCGACUGUCAGAACUGUAGUUUAGUUGUGCCAAGUUAUGACUCGAAUCAAGUUAUACCUCCUACACCAGAAAAAGUUGACAAUUUUUAUUCUCUUAUAGAUAGGUGUGGUAUGGCAGUACUUGUUGAUCAGAUCAAAGUUCCCCAUCCAAGUUACCCAUCAACACGCAUUUCUGUUCAAGUGCCGAACCUCGGGGUGCACUUUUCACCAUCAAGAUAUCGUCGACUUAUGGAAUUACUAGACAUAUUUUAUGGUACAAUGGACACGUGUAGUCAGCCUGCCGGUAAUGAUUUUCAAUCUGAAUUUACCUCAUGGAGUUCUGCGGACCUUGCUUCUGAUGCUAAAAUCUUAGUCUGGAAGGGAAUUGGAAAUUCUGUGGCUACUUGGCAACCUUGUUUCCUUGUACUAUCAGAAUUGUAUCUUUAUGUUUUGGAGUCUGAAAAGUCUCCCACUUACCAGCGGUACUCAAGCAUGGCUGGUAGGCAAGUUUUUGAUGUUCCUCCAACAAACAUUGGUGGCUUGCCGUUUUGUAUUGCUAUUAGUCAUAGGGGAUUGGAGCUUCAAAAGGCUCUGGAGGCUUCUAGUACGUGGAUAAUUGCGUUUCGUGAUGAGGAUGAAAAGGCUACUUGGUUGAAGGGAUUGAUACUAGCCACGUAUCAAGCUUCUGCACCUCCCUCAGUUAGUGUACCGGGAGAGACAAGUGAUGAGGUAUCUGACUUUACUGAACCUCAGACCACUAGUCUAAAAACAGCUGAACUUGUUGUUAAUGGAGCUUUAGUGGAAACAAAGCUUUUUAUAUAUGGAAAGACAGGAGAUGACGAUGAUGACAAACUUGAUGAGACUCUUAUUCUUGACGUACUUGCUGGUGGUGGGAAGGUGCACAUGAUUCAUUGUGAAGGGGAUCUGACUAUCAGGAUGAAGCUCCAUUCUUUGAAAAUUAGGGAUGAGCUUCAAGGUUGUCUUUCUGCAAGUCCACGGUAUUUAGCUUGCUCAGUGCUGAAAAAUGACAGCACAUUUUCUUCCCCUGCAAUGACUGAUCUUCACGAGAAGGAGAUGCUGGUAGCAGCUAAUGAAGACGAUGAUACUUUUACGGAUGCUUUGCCUGAAUUUGCAUCUCUAUCUGAUGCAGCCUGUCACUCUCAGAAUUUGGAUACUGCCUCUGCUGGGUUUGAUUCUGCUGAAGCCUUGAUAGAAGAACAGGAUAUGGUUAUGGGAAGAGGCAUUUCUGGUGAAAUAUUUUAUGAGGCUGAGGGUGGUGAUUAUACAGAUUUUGUUUCCGUUGUCUUCUCAACAAGGAGUCCUAGUUCGCAUGACUAUGAUGGUAUAGAUACACAGAUGAGUGUUCGUAUGUCCAAGCUGGAAUUCUUUUGCAACAGACCUACUCUUGUUGCUUUAAUUGGUUUCGGGUUGGAUCUAAGCUCUGUGAAUUAUGCAACAAGUUCUGAGGUGGAAGCAAUACCAGAAGAUAAAUCGGCGACAAGCAAGGAAAAGAAUGAAGAAAGUGACAUUGUUAAAGGAUUGCUGGGAUAUGGAAAAAGUCGUGUCGUAUUUUAUUUAAACAUGAAUGUCGACAGUGUGUCCGUGUAUCUUAACAAGGAGGAUGGUUCUUCACUUGCAAUGCUGGUGCAGGAAAGUUUCCUGUUGGAUCUGAAGGUCUAUCCUAGUUCUCUUUCCAUUGAAGGAACAUUAGGAAACUUUAGACUUUGUGACAUGUCUCUUGGAACAGAGCACUGUUGGGGCUGGCUUUGUGAUAUACGCAAUCCUGGUGUUGAAUCCCUUAUUAAGUUCAAAUUUAAUUCUUAUAGUGCUGAAGAUGAUGACUACGAAGGAUUUGAUUACAGCUUGCAAGGCCGACUUUCUGCUGUUCGUAUUGUUUUCCUCUAUAGGUUUGUUCAGGAGAUUACAGUUUAUUUUAUGGAACUUGCCACCCCGCAUACUGAAGAAGCUAUUAAACUUGUUGAUAAAGUUGGAGGCUUUGAGUGGUUUAUUCAAAAAUAUGAGAUAGAUGGAGCUACUGCACUUAAAUUGGAUCUCUCACUGGACACUCCAAUAAUCAUUGUGCCAAGAAAUUCUACUAGCAAAGAUUUUAUUCAACUUGAUUUGGGCCAGCUACAAGUUGAAAAUUCAUUUAGGUGGUAUGGUUCUGCAGAGAAAGAUCCUUCAGCUGUCCAUAUUGAUGUUCUGCAUGCUGAGGUUCUAGGUAUUAACAUGUCUGUAGGAAUUAAUGGUCGUAUUGGUGAACCAAUGAUACGUGAAGCCAAAGGACUUGACAUUUAUGUUCGGAGAAGUUUGAGGGAUGUCUUCAAAAAGGUUCCGACAUUUUCUCUUGAAGUGAAGGUUGGCUUAUUGCACUGUGUCAUGACUAGCAAAGAAUAUAAAGUUAUUCUUGAUUGUGCAUAUAUGAACCUGUGUGAAGAACCGAGGCUUCCUCCAAGUUUUCGUGGUGGCAAAUCUGGUUCAAAAGAUACAAUGCGGCUGUUGGUUGACAAGGUUAACACGAAUAGUCAAAAUCUUCUGUCGCGUACUGUCACCAUAUCGACGGUUGUGGUUGACCAUGCCUUGCUGGAGUUGUAUAAUGGCAUCCAUGAUGAGUCACCUUUGGCUCAUAUUGCUCUAGAAGGUCUUUGGGUAUCAUAUCGAAUGACGUCAUUGUCCGAGACAGAUCUCUACAUCACUAUACCUAAAUUUUCUGUUCUUGACGUUCGCCCUGAUACAAAACCUGAAAUGCGCCUCAUGCUUGGGUCAUCCACAGAUGGUUCGAAACAAGUUUCUGCUGGAAAUAUGCCUUUUAUUCUAAAUAAGGGGAGCUUUAGAAAAGCAGAGUCUGAAGUUGGCCUACAUGGAGACUUACCAGUUUUGACAAUGUUCUUGAUGGAUUACAGAUGGAGAAAAUCAUCUCAAUCAUUUGUGGUUCGAGUUCAACAACCUAGAGUUCUUGUUGUGCCUGAUUUCCUUCUCGCUGUGACUGAGUUCUUUGUGCCAGCUUUAGGAACAAUUACUGGAAGAGAGGAAACUAUGGAUCCUAAGAAUGACCCACUAUGUAGAAACAGUAACAUUGUCCUAUCUGAACCUACUUACAAACAAAGCGAAGAUGUGGUUCACCUCUCUCCCAGUAGACAAUUAGUGGCAAAUUGUUCAAAUGUUAAUGAGUAUACAUAUGAUGGUUGUGGAAAGACUAUCUGUUUAAGUGAGGAAGGAGAUUUUAAAGAAUCUCACUGGAUGAGAUCUCAACCAAUCAUCAUUAUUGGGCGCGGGAAGAGAUUGCGGUUUACAAAUGUUAAAAUUGAGAAUGGUUCUCUGUUAAAGAAGUACACAUAUUUGGGUACUGAAAGUAGUUACUCAGUAUCAUUUGAGGAUGGAGUAGAUAUCGUGUUGCUGGACAGUUCCUUAUCUGAUGAUGACAAGAAGAAUCUGGAGUAUACACACGAAUCACCAGAUGCCACAGAGUUAGAAUCUCUUUCUCAAGGCAAUCUGAAUAGAAUUCCAAGUUUCACAUUUGAAACCCAGGUUGUUUCUCCUGAGUUUACCUUCUAUGACGGUACAAAAUCUUCUGUGAAUGACUCAUCAUUUGGGGAAAAGCUUCUUCGUGCAAAACUGGACUUAAGCUUUAUGUAUGCAUCAAAAGAAAAUGAUACGUGGAUUCGAGCCUUAGUGAAGGAUCUUACAGUUGAGGCUGGAUCUGGUCUAAUCGUUCUUUAUCCAGUGGAUAUUUCAGGGGGAUACACUUCUGUGAAGGAGAAAACAAAUAUGUCUCUGACAUCAACCAAUAUAUGCAUCCAUCUUUCGCUUAGUGUUAUUUCUCUUAUGCUCAAUUUGCAAAAGCAGGCAUUUGCAGCAUUGCAGUUUGGAAACAUUAUACCCUUGGCUACAUGUACAAACUUUGAUCGUAUCUGGGUGUCCCCUAAAGAAAAUGGGCCUGGUUACAACCUUACCUUUUGGAGGCCUCGAGCUCCAUCAAAUUAUGUCAUAUUGGGAGAUUGUGUGACGUCAAGGCCAAUCCCUCCAUCACAAGCAGUAAUGGCGGUGAGUAACACAUAUGGGCGUGUGCGAAAACCUAUUGGGUUCAAUCUCAUUGGCUUGUUCUCAGGUAUUCUAGGGCUUAGUGAAGGUGAAGGCCAAGCCGAUGUCAACUCUGAUUGCUCUGUUUGGGAACCUGUUGCACCACCAGGAUACACGGCAUUGGGAUGUGUAGUAAACAUAGGGAAUGAGGCACCACCUAAUCACAUUGUAUAUUGUAUACGCUCUGAUCUUGUAACAAUAACUAAAUAUUCUGAGUGUAUGUUUAGUGCCUCUUCAAAUUCCCAUUUCUUGUCUGGUUUUAGCAUCUGGCGCCUAGACAAUGUGAUUGGAUCAUUUUCUGCUCAUUCUUCUAUGGAAUGUCCUGUUGAUAGUAGUUUUGAUCUUAAUCACCUUCUUACCUGGAAUUCAAACAGACACCAUUCUUCUAAAGAGUCUGCAUCAGCUUUUACUGCUAACCAAGAUAGUAGAGGUCAUGAAACAAGUAAUCAGAGUGCAAAUUCAUCCGGAUGGGAUAUUGUCAGAUCCAUCUCAAAAGCAACUACUUGCUACAUGUCAACUCCCAACUUUGAAAGAAUCUGGUGGGACAAGGGUAGCGAUGUCCGCCGGCCAGUCUCAAUAUGGCGUCCUAUUGCACGUCCAGGCUAUGUCAUAUUGGGGGAUUGCGUAACUGAUGGCUUGGAACCUCCAGCUUUGGGCAUACUUUUCAAGUCUGAUAAUCCUGAAAUUUCUGCAAAGCCUGUGCAGUUUACUAAAGUUGCCCAUAUUGUUGGGAAGGGUUUUGAUGAAGCUUUUUUCUGGUAUCCGAUUUCUCCACCUGGUUAUGCUUCUCUUGGAUGCCUGGUCACUAAGAUAGAUGAAGCCCCUAGCAUCAAUGCUCUUUGUUGCCCAAGGAUGGAUCUUGUUAACCAAUCUAAUAUUGUUGAGGGUCCCAUUUCAAGAUCUUCCAGUUCAAAGGCUUCUCAGUGUUGGAGCAUAUGGAAAGUCGAAAAUCAGGCAUGCACUUUCCUUGCACGUGGCGAUCUAAAAAAACCAUCAAGCCGGUUAGCUUAUACAAUUGGUGAUUCUGUAAAGCCGAAGACCCGGGAGAACAUAACUGCGGAGAUGAAGCUGAGUUGCUUUUCUCUGACUGUUCUAGACAGCUUAUGCGGAAUGAUGACUCCACUAUUUGAUGCGACAAUCACAAAUAUUAAGCUUGCUACACAUGGUCAACUAGAUGCUUUGAAUGCAGUAUUGAUUUCCUCUAUUGCUGCAUCAACCUUCAACACUCAGUUAGAAGCAUGGGAACCUUUUGUGGAACCUUUUGAUGGAAUUUUCAAGUUUGAAACUUAUGAUACUAACGGAGACCCGCCAUCAAAACUUGGGAAGAGAGUGCGUAUUGCUUCUACCACUGUUUUAAAUGUAAAUGUCAGUGCUGCAAGCUUGGAAAAUUUUGUUGCGAGCACUCUUUCAUGGAGACGGCAAUUAGAACUUGAAAAAAAAGCAGCCAAGCUAAAUGAGGAAAUUGGGAGUCUACAUAGGGACAAAGAAGAUCCAUCUUUCUCUGCUCUGGAUGAGGAUGACUUCCAGACUGUGAUAAUAGAAAAUAAACUUGGGUGUGAUAUUUAUCUGAAAAGACUUGAACAGAAUACAGAUACUGUUGACCACUUGUGUCAUGGGGCUUGUGCUUCUGUGUGGAUUCCACCACCUAGGUUUUCAGACAGAUUGAACGUGUCAGAUGAGUCUAGAGAAGCACGCUAUUACAUUGCGAUACAGAUCCUUGAAGCCAAGGGUUUACCUAUGAAUGAUGAUGGGAAUGGCCAAAACUUCUUCUGUGCUUUGCGUCUUGUCGUGGAAAAUCAGGCUACAGAUCACCAAAAGCUUUUCCCUCAGAGUGCAAGAACAAAAUGUGUCAAACCUUCUAUUUCUCGAAACAACAAUCUGGAUGAGGGGACCGCAAAAUGGAACGAGCUUUUCAUUUUUGAAAUUCCUCGGAAGGCUGCAGCUAAAUUGGAAGUGGAGGUGACAAACCUGGCUGCGAAAGCUGGAAAAGGGGAAGUUGUUGGUGCACUCUCAUUUCCUGUGGGGCAUGGUGCACUCAUGUUGAGGAAGGUAGCUUCUGUAAGGAUGUUCCAUCAAGCUCAUGAAGCUCAAAACCUCGUAUCAUAUCCACUGAAGAGAAAGGUUCAGCAAAACAGCCUGGAUGAAAUUCUUGACUGUGGAUGCUUGAUGGUUUCUACUACAUGUUUUGAGAGGAAAACAACUCCAAAAAUUCAAAAAGAUAUGGAAACUGAUACUGUUUUGGAGAGAGAUGUUGGUUUCUGGGUUGGUCUGGGUCCUCAGGGUAACUGGGAGAGUAUUCGCUCAUUGCUUCCAUUGUCCGUUGUCCCGAAAUCAUUACAGAAGGAUUUUAUUGCCAUGGAAGUCGUCAUGAAAAAUGGCAAGAAACACGCAAUAUUUAGAAGUCUUGCAACAUUAGUCAAUGAGUCGGAUGUUAAAUUGGAUUUUUCAAUAAGUUCAUCUCCCAACUCAGGAACAAGUAACAAUUCAGUGGCAGAAGAAAUUUUUCAAAAUCAACGCUAUCAAUCAAGUACUGGUUGGGGUAACAACUGGUCUGGCCUUGGCAGUGUUGAGCCAGGGCCUUGGAGCAGUCGAGACUUCUCGAAUUCCUCGAAGGAUUUCUCUGAACCUCCGCUUCCCCCUGGAUGGCGAUGGAGUUCGACAUGGAGUAUUGAGAAGUCUCAAUUUGUUGACAAAGAUGGUUGGGCGUAUGCUCCAGAUUUUCACACUUUGAGGUGGCCUCCAACUUCUUCGAAGUCAUGCACAAGAUCAUCUUCUGAUCUUGUGCGCCGACGGCGUUGGAUUCGCACACGGCAGCAAAUUAUUAACGACUUUCCUAUUGUACAUCCUGGAGCUUCUGUAGUUUUACCUUGGAGAAGCACUUUCCGGGAUUCCAACCAAUGUCUACAAAUUCGUCCUUCUAUUGAUAAUUCCCAGACUCCGUACACUUGGGGUGAUGCAGUUACUGUUGGUUCUGGUUAUGCAUGUGGAAAGGAUCAGGCUCUUGUGGAGCAAGUUUCACUUUCCAGACAAUAUGCAUCAAAGCAAGAAAAUAAGAUGUCUAAUUUUAAUUUCACGUUAAAUAAACUUGAGAAGAAGGAUGUACUUUUGUGUUCUAGUGCUGAGAGAAAACAUUUUUGGCUGAGUGUUGGAACAGAUGCAUCUGUUCUUCGUACUGAACUGAAUGCACCUGUUUAUGAUUGGCGAAUUUCUGUCAAUGCUCCUUUGAAGUUUGAAAAUCGAUUUCCAUGUCCAGUUGAAUACACAAUUUGGGAGAAAAUUAAAGAAGGAAAUUGCAUUGAGAGACAGCGUGGAGUUAUCUCUUCACGGGGAACUGUACCUGUAUAUUCUGCUGACAUCCAGAAACCCAUCUAUCUAACAUUAUUCAUUCAGGGUGGUUGGUCUAUGGAGAAGGACCCUGUUCUCGUUUUGAACAUUUCUUCCAAUGAUCACGCCUCAUCGUUCUGGAUGGUUCAGAGACAGAGUAAACGGAGACUGCGUGUAAGAAUUGAGCACGAUAUGGGAGGAACUACUGCUGCGCCUAAAACAAUAAGGUUUUUUGUUCCAUACUGGAUAGUUAAUAAUUCAUCUCUCCCUUUGGCAUACCGAGUGGUGGAAGUAGAGCCAUUGGACAGUGCUGAAAUGGAUUCCCAAAUACUUUCUAGAGCAGUCAAAUCUGCUAAGAUGGCAUUGAAAAGUCCUACAAACUCGUUGGAAAGGAAGCAUUCUGUUCAAAGAAGAAACAUUCAAGUGCUUGAAGUAAUUGAGGAAACUAGUCCUUUUCCUUGCAUGCUUUCUCCACAAGAUAAUGCUGGACGCAGUGGGGUUAUGCUUUUUCAAUCACAAAAAGAUUCACUUGUGUCCGCAAGGGUUGGCAUUGCUGUUGCUAUGCGUAAUUCCGAAUUUUUCAGUCCUGGGAUAUCUCUACUUGAGAUAGAAAAGAAGGAACGGGUUGAUGUAAAAGCAUUUAGUUCAGAUGGUUCCUACUACAAGAUUUCAGCUCGACUAAACUUGACCUCUGACAGAACGAAGGUUCUCCAUUUUCAGCCCUACACCUUGUUUAUUAAUAGGGUUGGUUACAGUCUUUGCCUGCAGCAGUGUGAAUCUCAUUCGUUAGAAUGGAUUCAUCCCACCGAUUCUCCUAAACCCUUCCGUUGGCAGUCUUAUAAGUUAGAAAUUUUGAAGUUGCGUGUUGAUGGCUAUAGAUGGAGUACUCCCUUUAGUGUUUGUAAUGAAGGCGUGAUGCGAAUAUGCUUGAAGAAAGAGACUGGUAACGAUCAACUGCAGCUAAGAGUAGCAAUCAGAAGUGGAGCAAAGAGCUCAAGCUAUGAAGUUAUUUUUCGCCCAGAUUCAUCAUCAAGUCCUUACAGGAUUGAAAAUCGCUCUAUGUUUUUACCUAUUCAUUUCCGGCAAGUAGAUGGUUCUAAUGAUUCAUGGCAGUUCCUUCUACCUAAUUCAGCAGCUUCCUUUCUAUGGGAAGAUCUUGGUAGAAAACGCUUGUUGGAACUCCUCAUAGAUGGGGAUGACCAGUCUAAAUCUCAGAAGUUUGAUAUUGAUGAAAUUUCUGCUCAAUCUAUGCAUGUUACAAGUGGGACUUAUAGAGCUCUAAGCAUUGCAAUAAUAAAAGAGGAGAAAGUCAAUGUUGUUAAGAUCAGUGACUGGAUGCCGGAGAGUGAACCUAUUGGAAUAUUGAGUAAAACAGGCACAUCUCCUCUAUCGCAGCUUUCUUUAAAGGACCCACCACAACUGCAAUCACCGUCUACCUCAGAGUCUGAAUUUCAUGUUAUUGUUGAAUUAGCUGAGCUUGGAGUAUCAAUCAUUGAUCACACACCUGAAGAAAUUUUGUACCUCUCGGUUCAGACUUUUAUUUUUGCAUAUUCAACUGGCUUGGGCUCUGGAAUUAGCAGGUUCAAAUUACGAAUGCAUGGGAUACAAGUGGAUAAUCAGUUGCCAUUAACUCCAAUGCCAGUUCUUUUCAGACCCCAGAAAGUUGGGGAUGGGGCGGAUUACAUCUUGAAAUUUUCUGUGACAAUGCAAUCAAAUGGGUUACUGGAUCUUUGUGUCUAUCCAUAUAUUGGUUUUUAUGGACCUGAAAAUGCUGCCUUUCUGAUAAACAUUCACGAACCUAUUAUAUGGCGCCUUCAUGAAAUGAUCCAGCAGGUCAACUUCAAUCGCUUAUAUGAUAACCAAACCACCGUCGUUGCUGUUGAUCCAAUUAUCCAAAUUGGAGUUCUGAACAUCUCAGAAGUUCGAUUCAAGGUGUCAAUGGCUAUGUCACCCAGUCAACGACCAAGGGGUGUACUUGGCUUUUGGGCAUCCUUGAUGACUGCACUUGGAAACACUGAGAAUAUGCCAGUUAGGAUAAAUCAAAGGUUUCAUGAGAAUGUGUGCAUGAGGCAGAGUUCAAUGACAAAUAUUGCUAUUUCAAACAUACGGAAGGAUCUCCUUGGCCAACCUCUUCAAUUGCUUUCUGGUGUUGAUAUAUUGGGUAACGCAAGCAGUGCACUGGGACACAUGAGUAAGGGUAUGGCUGCCCUAUCAAUGGAUAAGAAGUUCAUCCAAAGCCGGCAGAGACAGGAGAACAAGGGCAUAGAGGAUCUUGGUGAUGUUAUCAGAGAAGGAGGUGGUGCACUAGCAAAAGGUCUAUUCAGGGGAGUCACUGGAAUAUUAACAAAGCCUCUUGAAGGUGCAAAAACUUCUGGUGUUGAGGGUUUUGUUCAAGGUGUUGGAAGAGGAUUAAUUGGUGCAGCGGCACAACCAGUUAGUGGGGUUCUGGAUCUCUUGUCAAAAACCACAGAAGGAGCCAAUGCAAUGAGAAUGAAGAUAGCAUCAGCUAUAACUUCUGAUGAACAACUUCUCCGCAGGAGACUUCCUCGCGUAAUUAGUGGUGAUAAUUUACUCCGUCCUUAUGACGAGUACAAAGCUCGAGGGCAGAUUAUACUACAAUUAGCAGAAUCAGGUUCAUUUUUAGGCCAGGUCGAUCUAUUCAAAGUACGUGGAAAGUUUGCCUUAACCGAUGCUUAUGAAGAUCAUUUCUUACUCCCGAAAUCAAAAAUUCUUGUGGUCACUCAUCGAAGAGUAAUAUUAUUACAGCAACCCUCCAAUAUCAUUCAGAGAAAAUUCAGCCCAGCAAAGGAUCCAUGUUCAAUAGUAUGGGAUGUCAUGUGGGAUGAACUAGCAACCAUGGAAUUGAUCCAUGGAAAGAAAGAUAAUCCUAAAGCUCUCCCUUCACGUCUUCUACUUUACUUACGGACAAGAUCAACAGAGUUGAAGGAACAAGUUCGUGUUGUAAAAUGCAAUCCUGAUUCCCACCAGGCUCUUGAUGUUUACACUUCGAUUGAGAUAGCUUUGCAAACUUACGGUCCCAACCAAUCAAAGGAUUCGUUAAAAAAUAAAGUGACGAGACCAUAUGCACCAAUUACGGAAGGUGCAAGCUCUGAAAAUGUUUCAAAAGAAACCAUGUCUCCUCCACAGGUGCCGGCGUCAGUACCUCAAAGUUCAACUUUCGGGAGCAGUAGCAGUUGAUUGUAGAAAUUACUCCAAUUUUAAAACUCGUGUUCUUCGCUGCUUCUGUCGUCACAUUAUAAGAUUUUAGCGGGAAAGGCAUAAUCUUUUGAGUUACUUAAUAGUACAACGGCAUAGGCCGCAAUAUUUAGCUGAUGAUUUAUAAGUAAGCCAUUCAACGACAGAAGUCGCACCGGCGAGUUUUCUGAGAGAUGGAUACUCACUUAUAGGGACCAGCUUGUUUGUAAAUAUAUUAUAGUGUACAAAACAGAAUUGGCUGGAAAACUUGUACAGAUUUUGAUAUUUGUUGUAUAAGUAACUAUAUUUAUGAUAUUUUAUAUAUAUGUGCAUAUCAUAUCGGCAUACAGAAAAAAGAAAGUGAACAACAACAUAUGUUUCAAAUGGAAAUAUGAGGUUCUUUAUUGAUUGUUUUCU